AUGCUCAAAUACACCGAGAGGCCUGAAGGUUGGAGACUCGUACUUGUCUUCGACUCAAUUGACCGCCAAAGAGAUGCCCCGGGCACCCUUCUUCCCGCACUGGCAAGAUUAUCUGAAAUACCAUGCCUGACCUGUGUCUUCAUCGUCACCGCACCAACGCCCUUCUUUCUGCGCUCCUCCUUCACACCACAUAUCCAGUUCCCGAACUACACCAAACAAGAAUUCGUGAAGAUUCUUUCCAUAACCCCGCCGCCACCGACCCCGACCACAACGCAAGACGACACAAAUUUCCUCUGGACGCGCUUCUGCGGCGCCGUCUGCGAUGCUCUCACAACCUCCGCGGCCCGAACACUACCCUCGUGUAGACACAGCUGCGAGGCCCUCUGGCCACGAUUCGUAGCCCCUAUCCUGGCAAGGACUCACGGCCCCCGCGAGUUCUCCAAGCUCCUCAUCGCCUCCCGCGUGCACUUCCAGGAUGAAUCUCUCCUGAACCCGGGCAUCGUUUCUAUCGGACCCGGAGCCACGACAUCAGGACCAGCGGUGAAUGGCAACGGCGUGCCCCCGGGCACUCCCUCAAAACAUGCCGCUCAGCAGGUGCCGAACCCCCCGACGACGGACCUGACGACGCUGCUGCCCACCACGGCCCGUCUGCUGCUUCUUGCGGCAUACCUAGCCUCCCACAACGCCGCGAAGCACGAUCUAGUCCUCUUCUCGACCUUCCACCACGGCCGCAAGAAGCGUCGCGGAGGCGGUUUCGUAGCUCCGAAGCGUGGACGCCCCAGCAAACACCGCAAGAUCUCGCGGAAAUUGCUUGGUGCGCAUGCUUUCGUACUAGAGCGCAUGCUGGCCAUCUUUGCGGCGUUGCGAGCUGAAUGGGCUGCUGAUAGCAUAUUUGGCAGUGGUUCCGCGAGCGUCGUAGACGGCGAUGUCGGCAUGGCACUCUCUACCCUCGCUAGCUUGAGGUUGCUGAUGAAGGUCGGCACGGCUGGCGAUCCUAUGGACAGGGGCGGCAAGUGGAGGAUCAACGUAGGGUGGGAUAUUAUUAGAGGCGUAGGGAGAAGUCUCGGUAUCGAAGUCGAAGAGUGGCUCAUCGACUGA